AUGAACAUCAUUGAACUAUAUGCCGUGCUUGUCAUGGGAUUGCUGGGUUUCUGGCCGUGCAUAAUUCUUCUUUUCAGAACCUUACGACUUUCCCAAAUUUUAAUGACAAGCUUCGAGCGAUGGAUACAAUACCCUCUUGCAAUAAAAGGGGCAUAUAGAGCCACGCGCCUCGAGCUAUUGUUAAUUUUUGCAUUCAUCAGCUGUAACAUUUUCGUCAUGGCGUUUCGUCUUUCAAGCCCCGCUGACUUCGAAAGGCGGUCGGCAGUUGUUUCGGCUAUCAACGUUGUACCGCUGUUUGUGGGAGGUAACCCUAACCCGCUUUUUGACCUGAUUAGCGUUUCCACUAGUAGCUAUCACCUCAUCCAUUACUGGAUUGGCGGAGUUGCGAUCCUGGAGGGUCUAAUCCAUGCGGGGAUAUCCAUUCAAUCUGGAGGCAGCUUCCCGAUGUUUGCCAUGUGGCACUCGACAAGGUCGUUGGACGGAGGCAACGAGAUUGGCUUCCUUUUAUCAGAGAGUGAAAGAGUUUUCAAUCAUUCCAGCUUCAAAAUAGGGAAAGGUUUACGUCUGGACGGCCCGUAUGGACGGAACAUCGAUCUUGGGAACUACGAAUCAGUAAUUCUGGCGGCAAAAGGUAUGGGUAUCGCGGGUAUUCUUUCAUCUGCCCUGUUCCUGCUCGACCGUCAUAAUUUGGAUACACUAGCGAAAAAAGAGCAGAUGAGUUUUGAUGAGGACGGUGCGAUUCGGUACACGAAUCGAAUUUUUCGUGACCAAACCCGUAAAAUAGUCCUCAUUUGGAUACUCGAGGAUAACUGCCAGGAAGACUGGGCAGCUGCGCAAAUUCGUGAUCUACAGAAGAUUGACACACAAGCGAUACUUCACUUUUGGUGCAUCUACCCAUCCGAGGAAACGAACGAGGCUCCUUUUCAUAUCGACAAGGACUGGCAAUGUCACUAUUCCAAAAAAGGUCAAGACGAGAGAUUCUUCAGGGGCAUCAUCUCCCAAGCUACCCGAUCACCGGGCAAACACGUCGUUAUGACAUGUGGAGACUCUAUCUUUACCGGCAUUACAAGGAAGGUUGUAAUCGAACUAAGCAGACUAGAUAAUCCAAUCCGCUUCGUAGAGUUAGAUUAUCGGCCAGGACAUAGAAAAGCUACAGAUUCUGAACUGAGAUUGCAAGAGCAGGGCGACGCCAGGCAGAAAACGAUCAAAAAGACUGGUGAAAUGAAAAAACGGUCUGCCUGAGUGCUCUCUUGCUGUUCAUAUCACAUAGUUCGCGAAAGUUUUACUGUAUAGUUCGAGAUCC